UUUGGAUCUGCCAACUCUACUCAAGUUGGUGACAUGACCAAGAAGCGCAAGGGGAUGGCUUUUCCAGAGCAAUAAACAGUGUCUCUCUCUCUCUCUCUUUCUGUGAAGACGACGCUCCGAAGUCGUCUGUUUUCUCAGGUCAAGUCGGAGGAAGAGACCUCCAAUGCUCUGGCGAAGCUGCGCGAGGGCUUGGAACAGGCUUUGCUGAUCGAAAAUGCCCAGGGUGAUCUCCGCUUGCUUCUUCCCAACCACGAUGUGACGCGGCCCCUGGCGAAGGGAGAGCCUUUCAGCACGCGCUUGAUCUUCAAUCGCUCUUCUUUUGGAUGGCAGGAGACCAUGGACUUCCCAUACUACCUCUAUCCAGUCCAUGGCACCCAGACCUUUCUCCAGGCGACGAGCUUGGCUGCGUCGCUGUACUUGUCGCUGCUUUGCCUGCUGAGUCGCGACUAUGCCAAAGCCUUCGCCGAGCUGGACUGGGCCCCGGAGAGAGACAAUUGCUGGACUGAUGUGCCGCUCCUGGCGGAGGAGAAGUGGGUCUUCAAUCAGUUCGCGAACAGCCUGGAGGAUCAACAUCCGGACGCUCAUGCUGUGCGUUGCAAGUUGGCUUUGAGCGUGGCCUUCGUAGAAGAUGUGAGCAUGCCCAUGGAGCUGCAUUUGGAACUAGUGACUUGGAUGACCAGAGGCUAUGCUGUGGGGUUUGCAUCACGGUGCGAUGCAAGACAACGAAUCAAGGCCUUUAAGCUUAAAUCUGUUGGAUGUUCAGCACCACAUGGCGGAAUUUACCAAAAAGGGAUACGUGACAUGCACCAAGCAGCACUUGACAUCACAGGCCUCCUCUCGAGUCACCUAGGGACCUAUGUGCCGCCACCGUACUGCCUUGCUGAUCUUGCAACAAUGGAGGAUUUGCUUGGUUUCCGAGAUUCUUUUUGA